AUGGCUUCCGCUUCAUCAGAAUCAUCACAAUCCUCGUUAUCAGCAGCACCGAUAUCCGCGGAACCAGCCGUAGCUUCAAAAUCAUCUCCGAAUGCAGAAGAAAUCCCCGCGCUCGUUACCACAUCUGCACCUAACAACCCGCGCGCGUUCACCGUCGCGACUGCGCCGUCCCCCGCGCGAGCCUCAGAUUCAGAUCUUCCGGCGAACCUUCGCGAAGGAGCAGCGGUAACCCGGAAAAACUUCCCGAACGGCGAUAAAUACGUGGGCGAAUGGGCGGGAGGAGCACCGCACGGCACCGGAAGAUACUCCUGGGUGGAUGGGAGCGUGUACGAUGGGGAAUGGGACAGGGGACGGAAGCACGGUCAAGGUUGGUUCGAACUCCCUGACGGCACGCGUUACGAAGGGGAAUGGAAGGACGGCGCUCUACAGGGCGUGGGUAGCCAUUGGGCUCCUGACGGAGCAUUCUAUACCGGGAACUGGGCCGCUGGGGUGAAGCACGGACUCGGUAGGAAGCAUUACACUAACGGAGAUGUUUAUGAGGGGUUCUGGAGCCGAGGGGUCCCGGACGGUCCUGGUCGGUACAGGUGGAGCAACGGGAAUGAGUAUUUCGGGGAGUGGGAAGGCGGGAAGAUAAGCGGGUACGGAACGCUUUCGUGGGCGAAUGGGGAUAGCUACGAGGGGGAGUGGGAGGCGGGACUCGAGCACGGCGCGGGGACGUUCAAGUGGGCCGACGGAAGCUGCUUCGAAGGCACGUGGAGCAGGGGAUUGAAGGACGGCAAGGGGUUGUACUUCCCGAGAGGAUAUGAGGAGGAGGAGGGAGAGGAAGAAGAGGAGUGGGUGGAGGAGGAGGGAGGUGGGGGAGGGGGUGAGGAGAAGGGGGAAACAGGGAGGGGCGGGACGGGGGUUGAGGGGGAAGCGGAGGGUGCAGCUUCGGAGAAAGAGGCGGCCGUUGCUGCUGGCAGUGGUGAUGCGGGUGCUGUAGGGGCUGCAGGGGUUUCCGCCGCUGCUGCUGGCGGUGGUGGUGCUGGCGCAGGAGGCGGAAAGAGAGGGGGACGGCCGCUGGGUCGCGGACUGACAAUGGCACGGGGCCUUUCGAUUGGGUGGAAGCCGGCGGAUCAAAAGAAACCACCGCAGCCGCAUCCGCAGCAGCAGCAGCAAGAGGCGGACGGAGGAGCAGCGACGACAGGCGAUGGAGGGGCGACAGGCGUAGCAGGAUCAGGGGGAGGUGUAGGAGUAGAAGGAGGGGGACGGGGAGGGGGAGGGGGAGGGUCUGCGAGUUCAGGCGGGCCGGGUGACAAGGCAGCAGGGGACGGGCUCAGUAUUGACACUACCGCAGCAGCAGCAACAGCUGUAGGUACUAGUCACGAUAAUCGCCCCAGCACCAGCGGCGCCAUCCACACUCCUAGUGGGGGUAACAAGGCAAUUCGCCCCAGCAGCAGCGCGGGCGUGCUCACUAUUACCCCUUCUGGCACCGGGCCGAAGAAUUUUAGCCGGAGCGUGUCUGUGAUUGGUGGAGGGCGGGCGGGGGCUUUGCGGGACUGGAAAAGAAAGGAGGCGCUGGAACGGCAGUGGGCUGAGUGUGAGUUAAAAUUAGGUAAGUCGGAGUCUCUCCCCGGACCUGCACCGCCGCUGCCUAGGGGCGCCAGGGGUAUGGUAGGGGGUAGAUUGUGGGAAAGCUGUAAGGAGCGGGGCGGGAGUGUGGGGUCCGGAUGGGACGAGAAGGUGGGGAGGAUUGCGGAGGAGGCUGCUGAAGUGGCGGGAACGGGGACGGGGGAGAGGGGGGAGGAGGAGGUGGGGAAGGGAAGGGCGGAAGGGGAGGCGGGGUCCGCGGGUGUGAGUGUAGCGGGUGUGACUGAAGGGGGGUUGGCGGUAGAAAAUGUGGUUGUAAGCAGUGAGAGUGGCGAUGUUGUGACUGAUGGUAGUGGGACUGCUACUGCUGCUGCUGCUGCUGCUGCUGCUGCUGCGGGCGGGGCAUCAGAGGCAGUUAUAGAAGCGGAGCAGAAGACGGAGGGACAGGUAACAGACAGAGAGAAGGUAGCGAAGCAGGGAGGGGAUGAUGCGACUGCUGCUGCACCCAAGCUAUGGAGAAUGUGGAGCAAGGAGAAGGAAAAGGACAGGGGUACCCCUCAGCAGCAGCCGUCGCCGCAACCGCAGCAGCAGCAGCAGCAGCAGGGAGAGCAAGGAAAGAAGGGGCGUCGCUGGUCUCUUCGCUCCACCAAAUCAACCACAGCAGCAAAGCCCUCCGCCCCGUCCCUCAACCUCCCCCACGCAGCCUCCGAGGGAACCCUGGUCAGUGCCGGCGGUGGCAGUACCGGCAUCAAUUUCCGCAGAAGCAGCGUUGACAGUGCUGCCACUGGUGGUACUUCCACCACCACUGCUGCUGCUGCUGCUGCUGCUGCUUGUGCUUCUCCUUCUGGUCAUCGUCAGAACAAGCUGUCUUCGAAAGCAGCCCCGGCGAAGCUGACUCGCGUGUUCACCAUGGGCCCUGUGCCGGCUAGGGAGAACAGCGGCCGGGUUGACAGUGCGGUUCAGAGCGGUGGCGGGUUAGCGGGAUGGGUGCGUGGGUCGUCUGUGGGUUCGGCGAAUGGGGAGGAGUGGGAUGAGGGGCGGGCGAGUGCGGAAGGGGGGGAUCGUGGCGGGAGCACUGCUGGGGGGGAUUCUGCAGACAGGCACACAAGCUCGUCUCAUGGUGAGUCAUUUUCUCGCUUCCCCUACCCCGCCCCUUAUCUCCUUCUCUUUACAAGAAACCCACGAGAGCGAAGCACCCCCCAUCAGGCCACAGGCAGAGGCAGCACGAGCACACCCCAAGCACAGCACUGCCAGCACUACCAUCACAAGCAACCUCUCCUUUCAUCUCAUCCCUUCUCCCCACCCCUUGCAGCCCAAGAGAGCGAAGCGGGUGGGGACUCAGCCCUGGACUCGCUGCGUUCGAGCGCCAUGUUCUCAUCAGGCCGCAAGCAGAGGCAGAAUAGGCGGCACAGCAAGGUGGUGACAGUGCGGGAGUAUGUGCAGGGGGUGAUGGUGGCGGAGAUCCCAAGGUCCAAGCUGCAGCACGACCUCGUGGGCGUGAUGGUGGCGGAGAUCCCAAGGUCCAAGCUGCAGCACGACCUCGUGAGGCGGCGUGGGCCCACGCGCAGGGCGGGGAGGAAGGCGGGCGAGCUGAUCUACAAGGGCCACCGCAGCUAUGACCUCAUGACCGCCAUCCAGCUGGGGCUCAGGCACUCCACAGGGCGGGCAACACCUCCCCCUGUUGCCCCUCCCUCAGAAGCACCUCCCACAACCGCGCCUCCCCCAGCAGCACCCACUCCAAACACACCUCCCACAGCUGCACCUGCCUCAGCCGCACCUGCAUCAAGCGCACCUCCCCCAGUUACACCUGCAUCAAGUGCCGCACCCUCCUCAUCAGAGCUGCGUGCAGAGGACUUUGAGGCGGCAGACAGAAUGUGGUUCCCCCCGGAGGGGUCUUCCUGCACGCCGCCCCACAACACGCUCCCCUUCACCUGGCGUGAUUAUGCACCCAAAGCCUUCAGGCCCUCAGCUGCCGCACCCUCCUCAGCAGAGCUGCGUGCAGAGGACUUUGAGGCGGCAGACAGAAUGUGGUUCCCCCCGGAGGGGUCUUCCUGCACGCCGCCCCACAACACGCUCCCCUUCACCUGGCGCGACUACGCUCCCAAGGCCUUCAGGCCUUCAGGUGCGCCCUCACCAGUCGCACCCUCCUCAGCAGAGCUGCGUGCAGAGGACUUUGAGGCAGCAGACAGGAUGUGGUUCCCUCCGGAAGGCUCCUCCUGCACGCCGCCCCACAACACUCUCCCCUUCACCUGGCGCGACUACGCUCCCAAGGCCUUCAGUGAGCUGCGGGCCAUGUUUGGCAUUGAUCCAGCCGACUACACGCUUGAGCUGCGCGCCAUGUUUGGCAUUGAUCCAGCGGACUACACUCUCUCGCUGUGCCGCGACAACGCGUUGAGGGAGCUGUCUGAGCUCCGCGCCAUGUUUGGCAUCGAUCCAGCGGACUACACUCUCUCUCUCUGCGGCGACAAUGCUCUCAGGGAGCUGUCGUCCCCGGGCAAGUCCGGGAGUGUGUUCUACCUGUCGGACGAUGAUAGAUUUAUCAUCAAAACCAUGCGCGCCUCUGAAGUGAAAGUGAGUGGGACCAUCAACACCAACACCACCACCACCAGCACAGCAACAGCCACCACCACCGCUGCUGCUGCUGCUGGUGCCGCAGCAGCAGCAGCAGACAUGUCCCCAAGUGACAUCCCCUCGUCUCCCGAGAGGUACCGGCGGCGGCGGCGGCUGCACACGGUGCUCUCCUCGCCCUCCACGCUCAUCCGCUUUGUGGUCAUGGCCAACGUCUUUGUCACCGACCUGCGCAUGCAUAGGCGCUUCGACCUCAAGGGGUCGUCGCAGGGGAGGAGCACGGAGAAAGUUGCGGUUGACGAGACCACCACUCUCAAGGAUCUAGACCUCGAUUUGAGCUUCCACAUGCGUGCCUCGUGGAGAGCUCUCAUACACAAGUGA